AUGAGAGAUACUAGUCAUCAGUACUCACCUCCUCUACUUAUUCAGUCAUCAAAAAUAAAUAGUUGGUUAUUGUCACGCAAAAUAAUACAGACGGACUAUCCGAAGAAACUGAAGGAGAUAGACUGUAAAGUGAACGACCUUGUUAAUAAAUUCCCUGAAGUAACCCGUCAGAUUUUCGAAAGCCCAUCCUUGUUCCUAGGAUGUCGUGAAGUCCUUGAAGCUCUCACUAAGACAGACAACAAAACUGAUUUCUUCGGACGUUCUAGCCCUCUAGUUCGCACAUGGACAGAAAUUGUCGGCUCGUUUCAGAAAAAUAAUCUAUAUUUGGCUGAAGUAGGAGAUUCGAUUAACGAGUUAGCAGCUGUGCAGGUCCCAAGGUGUAAAAUCUUCAUUUCUGACCGACACAAAAGCUUAUUGGACUUACGCCAAAAAUUGAAGGAACAAAGCCUAAAUCUCAGCAGGAAAGAAGAGCUGUUAGAGAAAGUUUAUAAAGAAUUCCAUGUUGAUGUUAAGGAGGAAAAUAUAAAGUUGCGUCUCCUGGAGGAGGCUGGCAAUGUCCCUAUGUUUUUGACUGAAUUUGUUCACUCGCUUACUUCCCUCAAAACCUCUCUCCAGCUGUAUACUAGCUUUAAAAAAUUUGUCCUGGGAGGUUUUCAGGAUGAUUAUAACAAACCUGAAAAUUUUUCUGAUUGCUGUCCAACCCUGAAAUUGUUAAUUGAUUCAGGCCAUGUUAUGGUGUUUACAUGGAAAAACGGGUACGAGCCUGAGCGCAUUGAAGAAAGUGACGACUUCGUGCCCCUUCUUUUACAACAAGAACAAAAGAGAGUACACCGGUUAUCCGCAGAUACUGGUCAGAAUGGAUUUACAGAAGCAAAUGUUGCUUCUGAAAUGAACAAAAUAGUGUGGGAUGAAAGUGAAGCAGGGGAAAUUGAUUUUGGUCCUUUUGAUCUAGAGGCUGUGGAAGAUAUUGAAAUUGAUGGAGAAAACAUAGUACCAACUUCUGUGUCCGAUACAAUGGGUAAUCCAAGUGUUGACUCUGUCAGUCAGUUGUCAAAAAAUGAGGGAAAACCUGUAGUUGCAUCUGGUGCAUCUGCUCGUUAUCUUUUAGACUCAGUUGAUGGACGUCAAGCUCUUUUAAAUGAUUUACUCGAAUUGAAUGCGUUUCUUCAUCGUUUCCAGGAAGAUUUACUCGAAAGAUUAGAUAAUGAAAGUGGCAGUCAGCUCAGUAGAACUGGACGUAGUACAUUCGGACCCUCUGGUGGUAUUGGUUGUGAUGCCAUUCAAAAUAUGGUCAUGCAGAAUGCCCCUCAUGACCUUCAGUCAUAUACAUCAGAUGACGUAUCUAAAAUGAUUGAACUUGUUAAAGAAGCUUGUAAUAAACUAACUACCAGUUCUUUAAGCCACUUAAUGAUGAUACGAACUAGAAUGGGAUAUUUAGAUCGAUUAACUGGACGACUUUUGGAUUAUAGACGUCAAACAGAAUUGGCUAGAACAAGAAUUAGUCAAACAAAAAAACUAAUUGAUAAAGCAUUGACGGAACAAGAAGAUAAGACAGCACAACUGGAACAACUUAAGAGUUCUUGUAAGAAGCUAGUUAGUUUUCUGGAGGAUGAAUUAUCCAGAAUCUGUAACCGCCAAGUGCAAAUAACUGGACAAUUUUGCGAUUUGUGA